UGAGUGUUCUCAUCAAGUAAUUAACUAACUCGGUUUUAUGUAGAGAGCUUGGACAACUCUGCCAUAGGUUAAGAAUGCUAGCCUUUUUGGAUAACAGUCAAACUUGAACGAUGAAACUGGAAGAAAGUGAAGGGCAUGAUGGAGCCAAAACGUCCAACAGGAAAAGAACAGCAUCAGAAUCCCCGAGGGACGGAAGUCCUACAGACAGGAAAAAGAGUAAGAAUGGGGAAAAAGACAAGACCGAUGUAAAAGGGGGGAUACACAAGGCAAAGCACUCCAGUUGUAAACAAUCUCAAAAACCUCUACAAGAGCCAAAGAUCACAAGUUCCGAGAAUUUAAAUGUUGCACAUGUUGAGACAAAAGCUGUAGAUGAGGAUGCUUCACCAUCUCCUGGAAAUAAAGACACUGGUUUAUGCAAAGUUAUAGAAUCAGAUGAGAGAAAAGGGAUCAAGCUUGAGUUACAGGAAAUUGACUUGUUCGGACCAAUUGAGCAUUCAGAUACAGAGAGGUCUGAAAACAAAUCAAAGAAAAGUGUGGAUUCAAAAAAAGAUUACAAACACAAGGACAAACCUAAAGGUAGCCAACGAGGAAAGCACUUGACAGAUGAGAAACAUCUGGAGAAGAAAAUGUGUCAACGCUCAGCAAACAGUUCUGAAAGCAACUCUAAAAGGAAAAAGAGCAAAGAUUCCAGUGAAAAGGAUUUUACGCCUACAGGGGAUGUUAAAAAAGAAAAUAUCAAGGAGAAAACCAGAAAUGAUAAGGUAAAAAAAGAAAGAAGCAGUAAAGACAAGAAGCCAAUUUCAGAAAAGAAACGAAAAAAGGAACCAGAUGGACAAGUGGAAUCCAACAAGAAAAUGAAGAAGGAUGCUGAAAUGAAUGGAAAAAACCUUAAAUCUACAAGAACAGAAGAGGACGACUGUAAAUGGAAAUGGUGGGAGGAAGAUAAUGCCAACAACGGGAAGAAAUGGUCCACAUUGGAACACAAAGGUCCAUUUUUUCCACCAGAAUACGAACCAUUACCCAGUAACGUGUGUUUUGUUUACAAUGGAAAGUCUAUAAAACUCAGUUUGGCUGCUGAGGAGGUAGCCACGUUUUAUGCAAAGAUGUUGGACCACGAGUACACAACAAAGAGUGUUUUCCAGGAGAACUUCUUCAAUGAUUGGAGAGAGGAAAUGACAGAAGAGGAGAGAGAACAGAUCAACAAGCUGUCAAAAUGUGAUUUCUCUCACAUGGCCAAGUAUUUUCUGGAGAAGACUGAGGAGAAGAAGGCCAUGACCAAAGAACAGAAACAGGUCUUGAAAGAAGAAAACAACAGGCUGACUGAGGAGUAUGGGUUCUGCCUUCUGGAUGGUCACAAGGAGAAGAUAGGGAACUUCCGGGUGGAGCCCCCUGGGCUUUUCCGGGGCCGAGGAGAACACCCCAAAAUGGGCAAACUGAAGAAGAGGAUCCUACCCGAGGACAUCACAAUCAACUGCAGCAAAGACUCUAAGAUCCCAGAGGCCCCAAAGGGCCACAGGUGGAGGAAGGUCCAGCAUGAUGACACCGUGACCUGGCUUGCCUCCUGGGUGGAGAAUGUUCAGGGCAACUUGAAGUACAUCAUGCUCAACCCCAGCUCCAAACUCAAGGGGGAGAAGGACUGGCAGAAGUACGAGGUGGCUCGUAAGCUCAAGCUGAAGGUGGAGACCAUUAGGAGGCUGUACCGCGAGGAUUGGAAGAACCGAGAGAUGAAGAUCCGGCAGAGAGGAGUGGCCCUCUACUUCAUAGACAAGCUGGCCCUCCGAGCGGGCAAUGAGAAGGAGGAGGGCGAGACGGCAGACACUGUGGGCUGCUGCUCUUUGAGAGUGGAACACAUUACGCUACACGAGGAGAAGGGAGGCCAGGAGUUUGUGGUGGAGUUUGAUUUCCUGGGCAAGGACUCCAUUCGCUACUACAAUGAGGUCCCAGUGGAGAGCAGGGUUUUCAGGAACCUGAAGCUGUUCAUGGAAAACAAGGACCCGGAAGAUGACCUGUUUGAUAGAAUCAAUACCAUCUACUUGAACAAGCACUUGAACCAGUCCAUGCCGGGGCUGACGGCCAAAGUAUUCAGGACUUUCAAUGCGUCCACCACUCUGCAAGAUCAGCUGAACAAGCUCACCACUGCUGACAUGACUCUGGAGGAGAAACUGCUGUCCUAUAACCGAGCCAACAGAGCGGUGGCAAUUCUCUGCAACCACCAGAGGGCAGCACCUAAGACCUUUGAGAAAUCCAUGCAGAACAUGCUGGACAAGAUAGCCCAAAAGCAGCAGCAGUUGGAUGUGGCCAAAAUGGAGCUGAAAGAAGCCAAAAAGGAGCACAAGAAGGCAGGAACUGAGAGGACUAGAAAACUGGUGGAGAAGAAGGAGGCUGCUGUGAAGAGGCUGGAGGAACAGCUGAAGAAACUCCAGCUGCAGAUGACUGACCGGGAAGAGAACAAGGUCAUUGCACUGGGCACGUCCAAACUCAACUACUUGGACCCAAGGAUAUCAGUGGCUUGGUGUAAGAAAUUCAAUGUGCCAAUAGAGAAGAUCUACAACAAAACCCAGAGAGACAAGUUUGCUUGGGCCAUUGAUAUGACUGAAGAAGAUUUUCAGUUUUGAGCUGUGACAUUGGUGGCUAGACAGGAUCUGUAUUAUUCAUAUUCCUCUUUUUCAUGUUUCCUGUCUCUUAAGCAUUGAUAAAAUAGACACAAGGCACAGUUUGUUAAAGUUUUGUUUUGUUAACAAAAAGGAAUGUGAAUUUAAAUAGUCAUUUAUGUUUAGUUCUUGCUACUGCAUACUCCUAAUGCCUGUCGAAGUAUAAAGACAACUGUUUGUAAAUUCAUAUCAAUAUUCCAACAUAAAUAAAAGAUUCAAGAAUGUGAAUUCAUAUUAUGUUA